AUGCCGCCCAAGAAGAAGGCGAACACCCUCUUUGUCGUCAAGCAGGCCGCCGAGUACGUGGCGAUUGGCCAACCUUAUAAAGCGCAUGAACAUCAGUGUCCCAAGGAGACAAACCAGUGGAUCCACCUCGGCCGCCUACUCACGUUCCAAAAGAGCUACCACUGGAGCCGAAGGAGUUCUGCGUUGAGAAACGUCCGGACAACACGCGACCUGCGAAUGGUGGCUCAUGACGAGUCGCACAUCCACGCGCAGGUCGGCAUGGUGACAGACAUGCUCGACGUCGCGAUCGUGAACCAGGGCGAGUCCAACGGCCAGGAGUAG